AUGGAAUGGAUCGCCCAGGCCGACUUUGGAGUCAAAAUCAUUGUUAGUGGUCAGUUUCCUUAUCCACAACCAAUACCUGACGAAUCCUCGGCUUCGGGAAAAGAUUGGGCUGCGGGUGUCCUUGAAUUGGUUGAGGACAAGUUCCCUAACCACUUUUCCAUAGGAAACCACGAUGUCACCCUGGCCGAGGCCUUCCAUGCCAAGCACGGGCAGAGCUUCCAUGGGCAGCAUCUAUAA